AUGUUGCUCCGGUGUUCGUUCUUCAUGAUAUUCAUGGCUCUCACAGCCAAUGCGAGGUACAUCAUGUAUUUGACGGGACAGCACAAUGAUGUUCCGGAGCCUGAACUAAUUUCAGAAAUAACCCACGUUGCUAUAGCCUUCAUGCAGUCUUCAACUUUCAACCAGGAAAAUCCAUCUACAUGGCCAUUCUUCACGACUGUAGAAGAAGUACGGUCAAAGUUUGCCAAUGGUACAUCAAUCAUGGUAGCAAUAGGCGGAUGGGGUGACACUGGUUUUCCGAUAGCUGCUGCAACAGAGGAUAGCCGAAAGUUGUUUGCGAGGAACGUGAGGGCUAUGGUUGAGCACACAGGAGCAGAUGGUGUUGAUAUCGACUGGGAAUACCCUGGAGGUAAUGGCGAAGACUACAAGCGGAUCCCCAAUUCCGAUAAAGAGUGGGAAAUCUCAGCAUAUCCCCUUCUCCUAUCAGAAAUUCGUGCUGCUCUCGGUUCCUCCAAGGUUAUGUCAGCAGCUGUACCUGGUCUACGAAGAGACAUGCUGGCUUUCACCAACGUCACCGUACCGUUGAUCAGCCAAUCGGUGGACUUUUUCAAUAUUAUGACCUACGAUCUCAUGAACCGGAGAGACGUAGUCACAAAGCAUCAUACCGGGGUCGAACUAUCUAUUGAUGCCAUUAAUGCGUACCUUGAUAAUGGACUAGCUCCAGAGAACGCUAAUUUGGGCUUUGCAUUCUAUGUGAAGUGGUUCAAGACAGAUCCUCAGGGGAACUGCGGCUCGAGCUUACCCAUCUGUAAGACCGUUCUGAUGGAAGACCCAGAGACGGGAGCCGAUCUCGGACAGGCUGGAGGCUUCUCUUGGAUCGACACUGUCCCAUCCGAAGUGGAAAGUUCGUUCCGAAAAGCUUUGAAAGACGGCAGAUAUGAUGCUGUUCAUGGAGGACAUUAUUACUGGGACGAGAUUGAGAACAUCUGGUGGUCUUGGGACACCCCAGAGGCAAUUCUGAAGAAGUUUCCUUCCAUUGUAGAGGAAAAGAAGUUGGGAGGUGUGUUUGCUUGGGGUCUGGGUGAGGACUCCAAGGACUGGGCUCAUCUGGAGGCGUUGACGGCGGGUGUCAAACAUCACCAGCUUGGUGCCGGUGGCUCGAGAGUAUACAGGGACGAGUUGUGA